UCUAUGAUAUGAUCUGUAAAUUUGGGUUUGAAGUCAGAGAAACUUGUGAUAUCAAUAGCAUUGUAACUCAGAGGGGUGAAGUAUGCUGGAAGACAAUCACAGACUGCGUGAUUUAUACAGAAUCAGAUAAGUGCUAUGUAACGUAUUUCCAGCAACAACUGAGUAUCUUUAUUCCCAGAGUCUGGAUUACCCAGGAAGUGUGAGGCUGCUGGGCCCUGUGUGUGAGGCCGCCCACUCACAUUUGUUAUCUCUGACCAAGGAGCAGUUUGAAAUCUGUUAUACACCGUGGCUGCAGUGGACAGCUUUUCCAGAGGUUUGGCUUACAAACAGUCUUUAGAAAUAGAAGACUUCACAGAGUCUACUUAGACGCCCUCAUUACCUGCUAACUUUAAAGGGGUCCCCUCAUCCUCUAGCCUCCACCUGUGAAAAGGGAAAACUUGGCCUGAGCUGAGAAGCACAUCCUGUGAACAAAGGAAGUUUUUGGAUGCAUUAUCCGUAUUGGGGGCUGGGGAGGUAGUUAGGCACAUGGGUGCUGGUCCUGGGACAGACGAGAAUGGACCGCUCCAGAACAAAAGACCUUGUGGACAGACAGUAAGGUGUUGUUGAGACAGUGGGACAAGGAAAUAGGGUGGGGAUGCUUGGUUUGUUGAGGCUGAAUCAGAGAGGGGAGGGGUAGUUUGGGGCCACGCAGUUUGGGUUGGUUUCUUGGUUGGUUCAAACCAGCCAUUCCAGCUGGCACAUUAAAUGUCCACAACAGAGCAGUAGCUCUACAAGGUCUAGUUCUAAAAUACUUAGAGUUUUCUGAUGUGGAGUAGAUGGGUCACUGCUUCUUCCCUUUUCUUGGCUCUUAAGGGACAGGUUUUGUUUUUGUUUUUUUUAAGAACUAAUCAAAAUAGGAAAUAAGGUUUAGGUCAAGAUAUUUGACUUUUUAUGACAGAUUUAUUGCUUUCGAUAAACAUUGAAAAAAAAACUUUUGAAAAACUUCUAAUGUAUUAAACAUUUUUUUGAUCUUUUAGAUAUUGUAGUUGAGUCUUGAACAGCACGGGCGUAGGGGUGGUCACCCCCUGUCCAGUUGAAAAUCUGCAUGUAACUUUUGACUCCCUCAAAACUUAACCACUAACAGCCUACUCUUGACCAGAAGCCUUACUGGUAGCAUAAGCAGUCGAUCACCAAAUGUUUUGUAUGUUUUAUGAUUUAUAUACUGUGUUCUUACAACAAAGUAAGUUAGAGAAAAGUUGCUAAGAAAAUCAUGAAGAAAAAAACACACUUACAAUACUGUACUAUAUUUAUGGAAAAAAAAAAAUCCACAUCUAAGUGGACCUGUGGAGUUCAAACCCCAUGUUCAGGGUUCAACUGUAUAUUUAUGUAGAAAAUGUUUACCUAUACCAAAAAAGUCAUAAAAAUAUACCAGUUGAAACCUUUAGAAGUUCGAAUUUCCUUAAUACUAUUGUUACUUUGAGUAAUAUUUCUUGUUGAGCACUAAUUCUAAUGUAUGUCCUACUCUCAACAGUUAUUUCCUGAAAUACUUGAUGCUUUGGAAAGCCUUCAAUCUCCCGCUAUUUCUCUUAGCUUAAUGAAACUGACAGCAUGUCUAGAACGGGCUUUGGGUGAUGUAUUUUUACUGAAUGGGAAGGAAUGUCCUUUUCUUUUAAGAGAUCUGCUUGCAUCUAAGGAGCUUGCUCAGGUCUUUGGGCAGUCUGUGAUGGACGUACUGAAAGUCUUCCUUGGAUCUCCAUGCGGGCUCAAUCUGCGUAACAUCCUGUGGCAUGGGUUUGCGUCCCCUCACGAAGUCCCUCCGAGAUACUGUUCGAUGAUGACGCUCUUGACAGCGGGCUUGGGUCAGCUGCUAAAGAGUUACUUGCGACAAACUAAAUUCGCAUUGGUGCACCGACCUUUCAGAGCUCUUCCAGACCUUGAGGAUUUGGCCGUUUUCCCAGAUAUGACUUCUGAGGUACUUCCAGUGUUAGAAGAAGUGAUGAAGAAAUCCACUUUUAUAUUAAAAAUCAUGUUGCCGUACUGGGAAGAGGCGUUAAUCAGGUUCAAGGCACACAGGUUUGCUGACUGUGCCGUGUUGUUACUGCCGCAGCUGGAGACGGGACUGAGGAGAGUGUUUGCCGUCGUUAACAAGUGUCCACAGAGACUUCUGACGGCUGAGUCAACAGCUCUUUAUACCACCUUCGAUGAAAUAUUGGCAAAGCACUUGAAUGAUGGUAAACUCAAUCAACUUCCUCUUUUCCUUGGAGAGCCUGCAAUGGAGUUUCUUUGGGAUUUCCUGAACCAUCAGGAGGGUCCUCGUGUAAGAGACCAUCUGAGCCACGGGGAGAUCAACUUCCCCGAAUUUCCAAAAGAAGCGGCGAACCAAUUGCUUGCAUUUUCCACCGUGCUUUUACUCCGAUUCGUCGACGAAGGCCUGUUGUCAGUGCUUAAGGAAAAGGCGGCGAUAAGGUCACUGGUCGGUCUCGCCGAAAACUACCGUGCUCACCUCCACCCGGUGUCUCAGCUGAGAAAACAGGUGCUGAGCUGUGAGAAGAGCCUCGGGGCUUGGCCCCUCCUGUCUUUGCCCACAGAAGCCGAGGAGGCUGCCAGAUUAGAAGGUCAUUCUGAGACCGAUGCCUGCAACUCUUUACUUACAGAAAUCACGUCUGAGCUGUGUCACCACCUGCCUGAGGGUCACCGUGUCGCUAGGGGCUUGGACAGCCUUCCUGCUGAGAAGUGGCCCCAGGUGAUCCGUGAACUCUGCGGCACCCCCGUGCCAACUCUGUUCUGUCCCAGAACCGUUCUGGAAGUGCUCACUGUCCUCCGAAACAUCACCGCACACUGUGCCCGCGUGUCCAGCCAGGUCGCUGCCUCCGCGGAGCUCAGACAGCAGCAGUGGGUGGAACGGAGGCUGCGCUCCCGGCAGAGACAGACGUAUCUGCACAUGCUGAGUAGUAUUAAGCUUCUGUCUCCUGUGCUUUACCUGAUUUUACUGCUGAUUGCGCUGGAAUUGGUCAACAUUCAUGUGGUUCAUGGAAAAAAUACUUGCGAAUAUCAACAGUAUCUAAAGUUCUUAAAGUCGAUCUUGCAGUACACGGAGAACCUGGUGGUUUACACCAGCCAAGAGAGGAACAAGUGGAACGAAGCGAUCGUUCUUACGCGUGCAGCUCUGUUGAAAAUUUGGACUUUCAGUGAGAAGAAACAGAUGUUAAUACAUUUAGCCAGGAAAUCCACAAGUAAAGGGGUUCCGUGAAAGCA